UCUCUAUUCCUAUUCCUUUACCUCACCAUAAAAAUAAUUUUUACAUAUUUUAUUAUUGCAUUAAACGCAGGCCGUUUACUUUAUUCAACCAUCAUCAACACCACCAACAACGACUACAAAAUAUAAAAAAAUACAAAAAUGUAUUUCAAGCUCGCGUCGAUUAUUGCCCUGGUUGGCCUAAGCACCGCCCACCUAGAUAUGAUCUCGCCCUGCCCGCGGUACAGCCCCCACGGGCUCGACUGCCCGGCACUUCCCGCAGGCCAAUCCCUCGACUACUCCAUGUCCUCGCCCCUCUCUGGCGGUGAUCCACUCUGCAAGCACACGACCCCCUACCCAACCGCCUCCGCUACCUGGACCGCUGGCCAACCGGUGACCGUCAAGCUGGCACCUGGAGGUGCCCCCCAUGGUGGAGGCCACUGUCAAUUUUCACUGUCCUACGAUGGUGGACAGAACUUUGUCGUCGUCCAUGAGGUGCUCCAACAGUGUUUCGGGUCGGACCAGAGUCAGCGUGAUUUCACAUUUACGUUGCCUGGGGAGCUGCCUGGGUCAGAAAAGGCCGUGUUUGCGUGGUCGUGGGUUAAUGCUGUGGGAAAUCGCGAGUUUUACAUGAACUGCGCUGAUGUUCGGAUUGUUGGCGGUGGCUCUGAGUCUUUCACCGGGAAGCGCAUGGUUGUGGCUAAUCUUCCGGGGUAUCCAACGGUGCCCGAAUUUAAUGGUAAUUACGCGGUUGGGAUGGAGCUGUACACAGGUGCUCCCAAGCUUACUGUUACUGGUAUUGCAGUUGCAAUGGCAGGGAAUUACCCUGUGCCACAUAUCCCUUCUCCCUCAUCUUCUCCCUCUUAUAUUUCGCCUUCUGCUUUGCCAACAUACCUUGCGGUCACAGAGAAGAAACAUAUUCCUGUAUCGUCAGCUCCCAUGAUCCCCUCUGUCACUGCAGCAACCUCUAAGACCAGCGUUGCUGUGACGGAUAUCGCAUACCCGGUGAAUAUUGAAACCCCCUCGGCCCAUCCAUACACCCAAGAACCGCCCUUUCAUUACUACUCUACUCGGGCUGUUUCGUUGAUCGAAAUCACCCCUUCUAUGAUCGUAACUGUAUUAACGCCUGACACCGAAGCUACAGUUGAACCAACUUAUUAUGCCUCCUUGGAACCAAUCACUAAAGUGGCUGUUGGAGUUUGCUCGGAGGAGAGCAUGCGUUGUUCGGCAGAUGGCAAAGGGUACCAGUAUUGUCUUUAUGGCGAGUGGACGGUAGCAAGACCGUGUCCUAAAUCCACCGUCUGCAAACCCUUAGAUAACUCUAUAGUCUGCGACUGGCCCUAAAACAAAAACAAACACAAUUUUUAACGAUUUUUUUACCAAUCCUCCUUUUUUGAUGAG